CACGACACUCCCACCUCGGCCAUUCAGACACACGUCUCCUCCAUUUCUCAAAAGAAGACACACGUCUCCUCCAUUUCUCAGAUUUUCAUUGCACUGAAUAUUUGGAGGAGGCUACACAAAAAUGCAGAUGGAGGGGACCGUGUUCACACCCUCCCUUGAGGGGAUGAAGCAUGUCAAGUCGGAGAGUGGCGUGAUCCUGACCAAGCCGUUUCUCCAAGUAUGCAAGCAAAUCCUUCCAGUGCUAGAGAAAUUUGGGUCAGCCAUGUCGAUUGUCAAGACGGACAUUGGAGGCAAUAUCACGAGGCUGGAGACAAAAUAUGCUUCUGAUCCUACAAAGUAUGAACAGUUGCACAGCUUGGUGAAAGUAGAAGUCAGCGCCAAGACUGCCAAAAGCUCUAGCAGCUGUACUAAUGGCCUUCUCUGGCUGACAAGAGCCAUGGACUUCUUGGUUGCGCUGUUCCACAAUUUGGUACAUCAUCCAGACUGGCAGAUGUCACAAGCUUGCAGUGACGCUUACAGCAAAACACUGAAGAAAUGGCAUGGCUGGUUGGCGAGUUCGAGCUUUUCGGUUGCCAUAAAGCUUGCACCAGACAGGAAGAAGUUCAUGGACAUCAUCAGUGGUUCAGGCGACAUCAACGCUGAUAUUGAGAAGUUCUGCGCAACAUUCUCCCCUUUGCUGGCAGAAAACCACAAGUUUCUGGCCAGUGUGGGCAUGGACGAUCUUAAGGCAUCCUAAUCGUUUAUCAUUCAUGUUCUGUGCCAAGCUUACAAAGAAACAAGCCACCUGCCGAGAAUUUUUAUCGUGGGUUAUGAGUGUUAAGUGUAACAUCUGUUAUACCCGCCUUGUAUCCAACAAAUUUGUUCACCUUU